GAUUCCAUUUAUCUGUCUAGCAGCAGAAAACGCGCCAGCAGCGAUGUCUCAACUCAACCAGGCCAAAAAAAAACAAACAAACAAACAAAAGAAACAACUCACGCUGGAUUUGAAACUCUGCUAACAAAUCCAGUGAAAGCUCCAUUUCCCCCCCAACACAGAAUAGACGGAGAGCCACUGGUCGUAAACACAAACCAGCAGACCAGACACACACACACACACACGCACACACACACUCACACAAACACACGCACACACUCACGACACCUCUAUCCAGUCCCCGCUUCUCAGGGAUCAACAUCAUGUUCACACGUAUCCGUCAAAAACACCUCCAAAAGAUCUGCAAAUAAUAAAAACAACGAGAUUCCUUUUAUAUCUCCAACUCCUGGGACACACAGCAGCACACGCACCACCCAAGUGAAGCGGCGCAGACUAGCUCGUGAGAAUAAACUGUGGAGAAAACAAAAUGAUAGUAAAAGUUAAUGUCCUCCAAUAGCUUUCAUUGGGACAGGAAUUCUCACCCCUCUUCCGCUCUUUUCAAGAGCUCAGACGGUCCCUUCAAAGCGUGAAUAGCCCGACAGGCUGGAUGGCUAGACAGCAACUUUCAACUUGACCUUGGCCUCCAGCCGCGUCUGCCUCCUAUGUGAAAACAUGCACGGACAGCCAGGCACUGCGCUGUUUUCUGCCUUUGCGUAUUAUCAACACGUCGGAAAUGGAGUGCUGGAAUAUUCACAGGAAAUCGUGACGUUACAUCCCAAUUUCUUUAUUUCUGCCUAAAAUGUGUGUGUGGAUAUUUAAAGUGGGGGGGAUUCUGGCUGCGUUUCUAGAAAUAUGUGCACCCAUAAAUGAAACAACUUGACACAUGUCGAGUCUUAUACAUCUCCAAAGCAUUUCCACAUCCCAUACUGAACGCGCAGCUCGGUACAGAGUCCGCUCGGACAGGUACAACACACCACACACCGUCUCUGUGCAUCAGCGGGCGACAGAAGUCUGUUUAUUUCCUUGUAUGCAACAUCGGAAUAUGAUAUACUUUAACGUCAUGUUGUUAUAAAUUGGACUCCUCUUUGUUAAGUGGUUGUGUAAAGACACCCACGUCCUCAAGCAAUGCAGACAAAGGCUGGACAGUGUGCGUGCGUAAAGGCCACAAGGCUGUGCAUAUUUGUCAUAUGUAGAUGGUUGAGUCAUUUUUCAACAAAACGUUUGAAUAGUCGACUUUUAUUUCAACCACACAUUCAAUAAUACGCGUUUUCAAGACAAUAAUGUGUAAUUAAAACAUUUAGGAUUAUUAAAUAUGUCCUGAUAUGAAUAAAAAGUAGGUUACUCUGACUGAAGGGAUCUUACUUUAAAAAAACAAAGGCACAAAAUCCAUCUGAAUUCAAACAGAAGCGACAAACGCGAAAUCCCUUCAUAGGUACGGUCACCUUACUUCGCCGCAUUUUUCUCCAUUUAAUUAUCUGUACUCGCUGAUGUUUACCGUCCUCUUUGCAUAGCCUGGUCACGUGACAACAUCUGGGCCAAUAGCUGCGCAACCUCGGCGCUCUUGUGCGCGUCAGAGUGGCAUACUCUCUGGGAACCAGUAUCUCCUUUUUUCAGUCUCUGGGCUUUUUAAAAAAGAGCCAGAAGCUUCAAUGUUGGAUGCCGUGCUAUGACAACGUCACUGCUCCUCCGUCCUCGCUGGGUCGACCCGUCGGUGAUGUUCCUCUACGACAACGGCGGCGGUUCCGAUGAAGUGAGCAAGAACAUGGAGGGUUUUGCUGGUGGUAACUUUGCUGCGAAUCAGUGCAGGAAUCUGAUGGCGCACCCCGCGUCCCUGGCACCCAGCACGGCUUACUCGUCAAGCGACGUGCCCACCUCCGGCAUGGGCGAGCCAGUGAAGCAGUGCAGCCCUUGUUCUGCAGCUCAGAAUUCAUCCAGCGCCUCUCUGCCGUAUGGGUACUUCGGUAGCGGCUAUUAUCCGUGCAGAAUGUCGCAUCACAGCAGCAUAAAGUCGUGCGGAGCGCAGCCCCCCUCCGCGUAUGGAGAGAAAUACAUGGACACGUCCGCCUCGGGCGACGACUUCACCUCUCGGGCAAAGGAAUUUGCUUUUUAUCCGACCUACCCUUCAGGCCCGUACCAACCUGUGCCCAGCUACCUGGACGUCCCCGUGGUGCCAACGAUCAGUGCGCCGUCAGAGGCCAGACACGAGUCCUUGCUGCCCAUGGAGAGCUACCAGCCGUGGACUCUCGCCGCGAACGGCUGGAACGGGCAGGUUUACUGCGCCAAGGAGCAGCCUCAGCCCGGACACAUGUGGAAGUCCUCCAUACCAGACGCGGUGUCCCACGCCGGAGGAGACUCGGGCUCUUAUCGACGCGGAAGAAAGAAGCGCGUGCCAUACACCAAGGUGCAACUGAAGGAACUCGAGCGCGAGUACGCCGCCAAUAAAUUUAUCACGAAGGACAAAAGGAGGAGAAUAUCAGCCCAGACCAACCUGUCCGAGAGGCAGGUCACGAUAUGGUUUCAGAACAGACGCGUAAAGGAGAAGAAGGUUGUCAACAAAUUGAAAACCAUCAGCUAGUUUUUUUUUUACCCCCAUUUUUUUUUUUUUUUUUCAUCACGGGACAAUUAUCUGUGGGAGAUAAACUACCAGGCCCACACACACACACACACACACACACACACACACACACACACACGUUUGGACUCAUGGAUUGGAUCAGCAGAACUCCUUCCUGACUGAACAUGAUUUAUUUGUGUGAGAGGAGCUUCUGGAACAAAAACUUCUCGGAGGCCUGAGAGUCCCGGAGCCGCUGCGCGUCCUGCCACUUGUUGUUAAAUAUUAUUUUUAAGGAGUCGAGAGAAAAUAUAUAGCUGACUGUAUGUGUGACUUCUUCUUUAUUUUUUAUUAAUAUUAUUAUUUUUUAAAUUUUUGGCAUGCUCACUCUCAGCACAGGAACAAACUGACCCCAGCUCAGAGAAGGUGUGCGCCACCGAGCUACGCCUUUAUCUGCAAGGUUUUUCCUUUUACGAGAGUGAUAAAAUGCGAAGAUUCACAGGAAGUGACGGAUUUGGACCUUGGGAAUGUUAAAUAUUAAUCUCUCCUGGCUUCCUUUAAAAAAAAUGAAAGAAAAGAAAGAAAGAGAAAGAAUUAAAAAAAAAAACCUCACAUGCUUAGCUCGUAGUCUCAUAUGAACCCGUGCUCUCAUUCAUAUUCAAUCCAUGGUGCAAUCCUGCUUAUUAUAAUGCUUAGAUAAUCGUUCGGGAUAUGUGUUCAUAUCGAUCAUAGCUUUUAUAAUGUGUGCGUUACUCAUGUGGUUGUAUAUAAAGUAAAGUCCGGCAUGAUAUCCAGGUUAUCUGUGUGUGAGUCCCAGUAUGUCGGUGUUGAAGUCCGUCCCAAUAAAACAUGGACUGGUUUAUA